UCUGAAGCCCAAACAUCUCUCCGAUUUUUCACAACAGAAGAAGCAAACGUUUUGCAGUCAGUGGCGCAUAUAUACAAACACCUCGUACUCAUAGGCUUAUAAUAAGACGUUCGAAUAUCUCAUGGUCCCAUACAUCCGUGCUUGUUAAUUUUCUCAAAUCUCAACUGGGUUUUUCACAUUCUCUGUAACCCAAAAAAUAUUGAGUUGUAAAAAUGGGGAAGAGAGGAGUGUUUUUGUUUUUGUUGUUGGCGUUGUGGCUGGCUAUGUCUGCAGGGACUUGGGGCCAGGACGCGAAGGAGACGCUGAACUUGGCUGCUGGAACAGCCCAGCACAAAACGCACGAGACCUUCAAAGCUGCCAAGGAAAACACCGACUCGUGGGUUGAUCGUACCUUCGGCAAAAUCGCAGAGGGGUUAGGAUUCGGCCAGGAAAAUGCAAAAGAGAAGGCUAAGAAUAUGGGGGACAAAGCUGGGGAUGCAGCCUCUGUGGCUACAGAAAGAUUAAGAACGAGCACAUUUGGAUCUUCGGACACCGAUUCUGUUCAUGACAACUUUGAUCCCUCUAUAAGGAUGCCUACUGAUACAGUUGACAAUGCCAAAGAGACCGUGACAAGGGCAAUGGGUUCUGGAAUGGAUAGAGCAGCAAAUGCCUACGAUGAAGCAAAGAAUACAAUGAAUAGGGCUACAGGCGCGGCUUCUGAUAAGGCUUAUGAUGCAAUGGAAUAUGGAAAAGACAGAACUGCGGGUGCCUAUGAUGAAGCCAAGGAGAAAAUGAACACGGCCUCGGAUAAGGCCUACAAUGCCAAAGAGACAGUGAGAGGGGCAAUGGGUUCUGGAAUGGACAGAGCAGCGAAUGCUUAUGAUGGAGCAAAGAAUGCAAUGAAUAGGGCUAUGGGUUCGGCCUCUGAUAAGGCUCAUGAAGCAAUGGAAUAUGGAAAAGAAAGAAGUAGCAAUGCCUAUGAUGGAGCCAAGGAGGGAGUGAACAUGGCCUCCGAUAAGGCUUAUGACGCAAUGGAAUAUGGAAAAGAAAGAACUGCCAAUACCUAUGAUGGAGCCAAGGAGGGAGUGAACAUGGCCUCUGAUAAGGCCUACGAUGCCAAAGAGGCAGCCAGAGGGGCAAUUGGUUCUGGAAAGGACAGAGCGGCGAAUACCUAUGAUGAAGCGAAGAAUACAAUGAAUAGGGCUACGGGUUCGGCUUCUGAUAAGGCAUAUGAUGCAAUGGAAUAUGGAAAAGAAACAACUGCCAAUGCCUAUGAUGGAGCCAAGGAGGGAGUGAACAUGGCAUCCAAUAAGGCCUACGACGCCAAAGAGACGGUGAGAGGGGCCAUGGGUUCUGGAAUGGACAGAGCAGCCAAUGCCUAUGAUGGAGCAAAGAAUACAAUGAAUAGGGCUAUGGGUUCGGCUUCUGAUAACACUCAUCACGCAAUGGAAUACGGAAAAGAAAGAACUGCCAAUGCCUAUGAUGGAGCCAAGGAGAGAAUGAACAUGGCCUCCAAUAAGGCCUCCGAUGCCAAAAAAAUGGUAGCGGGAGGAAUUGAUUCUGGGACGGAAAGAGCAGCCAAUUCAUACGACGAAGCAAAACAAAAUGUUGGGGAGUCAUACAAGUCAGCUAAGGACUGCAUGACUGGACAUGCCAAGCAUAACUAUGAGGCUGCAAAGGAGAGUGCCUCGCAGGCUGCAGGAGAUCUCGGCGCUACCAUGAGGAAUGCUGGUUCAGAGAUAUAAGGAGGCCGAUUGCAUGCUUGCUCCAUGAAGCCAUGUUUGAUGAGUUUAUGUUUCUUUUGAGUAGCUAGGAAUCUCUGUAAGUUCUAUGAUCAAUGUUGCUGUAUGUUUCUUGUUUUCUCUUAGUUUGCCCUUACAGUUUUACAGUUUUGUUUCUUUAUAUCAAUGUUGCUAUGUUUCUUGUUUUCUAUGAAUACGGGUCAAGAAUUGCUUGAA